AAAGCACAAAGUUCACUUGGAGUUAUAUACAUACAAUUUUUUGCUGUAAAUUUGUCUUUUGAAAAUCAAAAAAAAAAAAUUUAAUUAAAAGAAUUGUACACGAGCUUCGUCAAUCAUUGAUCUGCUGCAACAACAUGCAAGCGCGUCGAAAAAUGUAUAUUCUCUUCGGAAUCUCAAUCUUCAUUGUGGUGUGGUGCUUUAUUCUUAUUAUUUGUCUCUCGGGUUUUUCACAUGAGUCACGCAAGUUUCGCGCAAUACUCUUUGUUAUUGUUGUCGUGAUACUCUUUCAUUGCCUCAUCGGAGACUUCAUAAAAUUUCUCGGGUACGCUGUCUACUCAGCACUGCGUAAGAAGCCACCAGUGCAGGAGGGUCCUGACAUAGGUCGCUCUUCGAUUACCUAUAAUUACGAUGAGGAUGCGCUUGUGCGCUUACAAUUAGCCAGCCACGAGGCGGCGAUGUAUACAACGCCUUCGCAUUAUAACGAGUCGCUGAAUCUCAAAUACAAACAAAUUAUCAACGAGCUGCGUCUGUAUGGUUUGUAUUUCAUAUUGCUAUUGCUCUUGGUGGUGGGUUCACGCAACUAUCAAGCUUACUACAACACGGAUACAUUGAAAACAGUAUUGGAAGAAAAGCGUUUGAAUGCUAUUGGACUCCAUUAUGUGAAUACUUUAGAUGAUGUUUACGAAUACAUACGUCGCAUUAUAAUUCGAGCGUUUAAUGAGGGCCUUGACUACAAUGAGAAGGUAAUAGAAGAGCCAGGCUGGAUACAAUAUAAUAUCGCAAAGCUUCUGAGCGUGGUGCGACUACGGCAGGUACGACGCGAAGUACCUUACAUCGGUUUGAGUUCACCGCAUUUCGAUGAGAAAAAUUUCAUGCCCCGUUGGCAGUUGCCUUACGAGCAGUUACACUAUAUUUCUAAGUAUAUACAUACUUACGGACCUUGGCUGGCGGGGCAAUUGGAUUGGAGCAUAUUUGCCGCCAGUCAUCAUCAGGGCAAAUUGCACACGUACGCUGAGAGUAACGGUUAUGCAACAAUUCUAUCACGCGACUUAAACAAUAGUCUUAAAAUUCUGGACUAUCUGGAGAAGGCCCAUUGGCUCGAUGCGCGCACGGCCGGUAUAUUCAUCGAUUUCACGCUCUACAAUGCCGAUUCGAAUUUAUUUAGCGUCUGCACAAUUCUGUUGGAGUACACACCGUUCGGAAAUGUGCUCUCACAUGCUGAUGUUCAGAGCGUUGGACUGCUGCUGAAUGUGGACAACUUGCCGGCCAUAUUCUUGAUUAUAUUUCUAAUCUACCUUUUCACAUUGAUCUACUUCAUUAAGCAUCUGAUUUUGAAUUUGCUUUACAAGACGAAAAUGUCCGCUUCACCAUGGAAUUGCGUCGACAGUGUUAUAGUUCUUUUGAAUGUAUUUAUUAUCAUUUUGAUUAUUGUACGAGAGACCAAAGUGUCAAGGUUGAUGAGAGAAUUCGAGGAAUCGAUGAAACUGGAGUUUAUAGAUUUCCGUGUGCCGGCAAGUAUUGACUAUUUGGCAAACCUGACAAUUGGUUUUCUAAUUUGUUUAACCACUGUGCGCCUAUGGAAAGUGCUACAGUUUGCCAAAUCUUUUCGUGUUUUCACACGCACCUUGUAUCGUGCGCGUUGGGCGCUACUCACACUAUUAGUGAUCAUCGUAAUUUGGCUUUUCGCUUUCGGCAUCAGCUCGUAUAUCAUCAAUGGCAAUGAUACCGAAAAUUUUACACAUCUCUUGAAGAGUUUCACCGCAUCCAUGAGUUAUUCCUUUGGUUUCAGCAGCACCGUUAGUCCGUAUGAUCUUGGCUAUGGUGGUCUAACACUCGGUUUCAUUUUGUAUGCUUUAUUAAUGUUCGUUAUUGCUAUUGUUCUGCUGAAUCUUUUCAUUACACUGAUCUGCGAUUUUUUUUCGGAAAACAAAAGUACGCCGGAGGAUAAUGAGGCGAGAGAGUUGAGCUUUUGGCAGUUUCUCAGAGUGGAAUAUGGCGGAUGUGGUCGUUGGUGUAAGUAUUCGUUAUGCGGUUGUUGUGUGAAGCGUAUUUACAAACCGGAGAAAGGCAAUGUUAAGGAAGGCAUUGAGAAAUCUGUCCUAAAGACAGAGAAAGAAUUAAGGAGACGUAAAUUGGCAGGACGUGAAGACAAAGGUUCUCCUUAUGGUCGACACAUAAGAGAUCUUAAUCAAGUGGGUGCAAUGGCUCGGAAGUUCAGUGCACAGGUGGCACUAUUACGUCGAUACCAACGUUGGCGACAGCGCUAUCCUUAAACUGGAUUUCAGUUGUUACAUUCUCCGUUUUGAAUAGUUUAUACCAAUGAAAAUUCUAAAAAUUACGCUUACGCUGUUUCUCCUGAACUAAAUGAUUUCUAUUUAACUAAAAGUCAUCAGAUAGUUAAUCUUUGUAAUAAAGAUAUUUUGGUAUCUAACAAAACACAAUUGUCAUAAAAUUAAUUUGGAAAUUUGCUGAUGUGCUGAUUUCGUACCUGUAAUUCAUCAACAACAUACCUCAGAUAAAAAUGAAUUCAGAAGCAUCCGUUGAAAGAGAGAAUAAUUCGAUAAACCAUAUUCCAUCUCAAGAGGCAUAUACAUACAUAUAAUGUAUUUCUUAUCAAUACUUUAUUUUGUAAAAAUACGUAAAAUCGUUCUAGGGAUUAUAUUAUUAAUGAUGUGAACUAAAAUAAAAAAUUGUGGAAAUUGAGAAAAAAACAGGCAUGCCUCGGAAGAGAAUAGUGCUGAAGUAUUAAUGAUAAGUUAGAUGGGAUAAUGAAUGCUUAUCGUAGUAUUAUAUAAUAUAAAUGGGGCAAUGCAUGAGUGAUUA